AAUUCAAAGUACCAAAACAGCCAACUUCCAAAACUACCGGGUCAAACAAACCCUUUCCAAAACCCACCAUCACCCCUCAAAACCCCACUCUUUUACGCCGACGACAAUGCGGCAAACCUGAAACCUUCUCCGGCGAGAACUCCCCCUCCGGCACCGGAACUUUACAUCGCCACCGGCAACAUACACAGACAAUUACAUAUUCAGGCAACCGGAAUGGGAGGAGGUGAAGGAAAAGAAGGCGAUUGGGAGUGCAGUGGUUGCGGAAACCGAAACUACGCGUUUAGAUCGUUCUGUAACAGGUGCAAGCAGCCUCGAUUGCUCGUUGAUUCCAAAACUCCUGCCGAUUCCAAAUGGCUACCGAGAAUUGGCGAUUGGAUCUGUACCGGCUGCACUAACAACAAUUAUGCCUCACGAGAAAAGUGCAAAAAGUGUGGACGACCAAAGGAGAUAGCGGCUAUGCCAGCACUGGCAAUCCCCGGGGCUUCUCUGCAAACUCAUCCGCAUUAUUUUGCCAGGGUACAAGGUGUACAACAUCAAAGGUUGAAUCUUGGAUCACUUGGAAACGGAGCUCUUCAGCAUCCCCUGCCUUUGAGCCCUAAUUGGCUUUUAGGAGGCCCGGAUAAAUUUGGAGGUCAACCUGCUUCUACCUGGCCUCUGGGUCCCACGAAUACAGUCCCGUAUGCGAACCAAGUCAACCAGGCUAUUGUCCCAAAAGGAUGGCGCAAUGGUGACUGGAUCUGUACCUGUGGUUUCCACAAUUAUUCUUCUCGAGCAGAGUGCAAAAAAUGCAAUGCUUCUAUGCCUCCAGCGUUGGGAACGAAACGAUUAGCAUCUGAAGAUCCCGUUCAAGAUUGGGAUAACAAGCGACUGAAUGCCGGUCAGGCUUAUCCACCACCUGGGCAGAUAUCAAGUUCAUCAUAUAUAACACCUUUUUCGAUGGCGAGUUCUGCUGCGAAUCAAACAGCUGGUCUCUUUCAGCUUUAUCCUGAUGGAACCUCACCGUCAGUGCAACAUUCACAACUCAACCUGCAAUUGCCUCAGAUCAUGACUAUGCCAACACUUCCUGGAAAAGGGGCAAAGCAAUGGCGUGAUGGAGACUGGAUGUGCACUAAUUGUGACAAUCACAAUUAUGCAUCUCGAUCUCACUGCAAUAAGUGUAAUACACAAAGGGAAGCUGUAAGUGUUGCGUAAUUGCAGCAAAGGAGGAGGGGUAUAUGUGGAAUUAAAGGUAGGUGUUAAAGUGUGGUCUGUAUCGGUUGGACUUAUAUUCUGUCAACAUGAUUACUUAUUGUUGUAUAUCCACCAGUACUAGUCGUUUUCUAGUUCAUACUUGAUGCUUAAAAUGACUAUUACUAAUAAGCUUAAUCAUCCAGUUAUGCGCAGUUUUUUUUGUAAUAUACAAGGUUACAUUAUUGGUAUCUUUCUCAUUUCUUUUA